UUUCAUUAGGUGGGUUUCCAUCAAACAUGGGAAGAUUAUAGUUUAAAUUGGUCUUUUACGUGUCAAAACCAAUAUAGUCAAUUCAGUUUAACUUGUUGUGGUGGUAUUGUUUUUUCCCCUUGCACCAACUUUUAUUACUCUAAUACAAGCAGAGUGGUUAAAGGAAAAUUCUAUUAGACUGCAAUAAGACUAGCUGUGUUAUAUGGUAGUGAAUGUUGUGCUCUAAAAGGAAAACAAGAGUAUAAAGUUGGGGUAGCAAAAAUGAAGAUGUUGAGAUAGAUGUAUAGUCAUACAAGAAAAGAUAGGAUUCGAAUUGAAAAUACAAGACUAAGAGAUGGCGUAAAUCAUGAACAUGGAGUUAAGAAACAGAAUUUGGACAGGAAUUUGAAUGGUGGGGCUCCUAGAAAGAGGAUUAAUUGUGAAACUUCGAGGGUUGGCAAUGGCGGUGUUUUGCAGGGAAAAGUGCAGACCAAGUGUUCGACGAAAUGGGUAACCUAUGGUGGAUGCAUUCCAGCGAUUCUGACUGCUUUGGAUAUGUUUCAAGAUUUAGAUGAGGCUUUAAGACCAUGGGAAGAGAGGCUUAGCAAUAAGGAAAGGAGUAUAAUUUUGAAGGAGCAAUCGAGGUGGGAGAGGGCUCUGGAAAUUUUUCAGUGGUUUAAUAAAAAGGGCCAGGAACUUAAUGUGAUUCAUUACAAUAUUAUGCUGAGGAUCCUGGGUAAAGCACGGAAGUGGAGCCAUUUGGAGAGUUUGUGGAAUGAGAUGAAUACAAGAGGAAUUGCAGCGACCAAUUCCACUUAUGGAACUUUGAUUGAUGUUUAUAGCAAAGGUGGACUAAAAGAAGAUGCACUUGUUUGGCUUGAAAGGAUGAUUAGGAAAGGGAUGGAACCUGAUGAGGUCACAAUGGUAAUAGUGGUUCAAUUGUAUAAGAAGGCAGGGGAAUUUCAGAAAGCUGAAGAUUUUUUCAGAAAGUGGUCAUCAGGCGAACUUCUAACGAAGGAGAGAAAUAAUACAUUGGAUGCUUCAGAAAUGGACAAGAGGGUAGCACAUAGCUAUGUUUGCCUGAGCUCACACACGUAUAACACCUUAAUUGACACAUAUGGGAAGGCAGGUCAACUCAAAGAAGCGUCUGAAACUUUUAACAAGAUGCUUAAACAGGGCAUAGCCCCAACUACAGUGACAUUCAACACAAUGAUUCACAUUUGUGGUAACCAUGGACAGCUAGAGGAAGUUACUUUGCUACUGCAAAAAAUGGAAGAGCUUCAAUGUCCACCCGACACAAGGACUUAUAAUAUUCUCAUAUCUCUCCAUGCAAAGCACAAUGAUAUAGCCAUGGCAACGAGGUAUUUUUCAAAAAUGAAAGAAGCCUCUCUUGAGCCUGACCUUGUGAGUUACCGGACUCUCUUGUAUGCCUACUCAAUUAGGCAAAUGGUCCAUGAAGCUGAAGAGCUUAUAUCAGAGAUGGAUGAGAAACGACAUGAAAUUGAUGAAUUCACCCAGUCUGCCUUGACUAGGAUGUAUAUAGAGGCUGGAAUGCUUGAGCAGUCAUGGUUAUGGUUCAGGAGGUUUCAUCUAUCUGGGAGUAUGACAUCUGAGUGCUAUUCUGCCAACAUUGAUGCGUAUGGGGAGCAUGGUCAUACUUUAGAAGCUGAGAAAGUUUUCAUUUGUUGCCAAGAAAUGAAGAAGCUUAGCAUCCUUCAUUUCAACGUGAUGAUUAAAGCUUAUGGCAUAGGAAAGUACUAUGAUAAAGCAUGCCAAUUGUUUGAUAGCAUUGAGAAACAUGGUAUAAUCGCAGACAAAUGUAGCUAUAGUUCUCUUAUUCAAAUUUUGGCGAGUGCUGACCAGCCACAUACUGCCAAAUGUUAUCUAAAAAAGAUGCAGGAAGCUGGAUUAAUUGAUGAUUGCAUCCCAUAUUGUGCUGUGAUUUCCAGCUUUGUGAAGUUAGGUAAUUUGGAAAUGGCAGAAGAAUUAUACAAGGAAAUGAUUGGACAUGCUGUGCAGCCUGAUGUAAUUGUUUAUGGGGUUCUGAUCAAUGCUUUUGCCGACGCUGGAAGUGUUAAAGAAGCCCUCACUUAUGUUGAUGAAAUGAAAAGGGCAGGCUUGCCAGGGAAUGAGGUCAUAUAUAAUUCUUUGAUCAAAUUGUAUACGAAACUUGAUUAUCUGAAAGAAGCGGAAGAAACAUACAAGUUGCUUCAAUCAUCUGAAGAAGGUCCGCCUAUAUAUUCUUCUAACUGCAUGCUUGAUCUUUAUACCAAGAGAUCUAUGGUUGAACAAGCAAAAGAAAUAUUUGAGAGUGUGAAGGAAAAGGGAUCUGCAAAUGAGUUUACAUAUGCAAUGAUGCUUUAUAUGUACAAGAAAAUGGGAAGACUGGAUGAAGCCAUUCAAAUUGCAAAGGAGAUGAGAAAACUGGGGCUCUUAACUGACUUGUUGAGUUAUAACAAUGUACUUGGUCUGUAUGUAAUGGAUGGGAGAACCAGGGAGGCGGUAGAGACUUUCAGAGAGAUGAUAAGAUCUACCAUCCAACCUGAUGAUUGUACACUCAAAUCUCUUGGCUUUCUUUUGCUAAAAUGUGGAAUUUCAAAGCAGGCUGUUGGCAAGUUGGAAGUAAUGAUGAAAAGAGAUGCUUCUCGUGGUUUACAAGCAUGGAUGUCAGCACUCUCUUGUGUGCUUGAUGUGGAAGAUUUUGAUGAUGAAUAGGCUUUCCUCUGCUUGUCUUUCAAAAUCUUGCAGAGUUAGGCUAGCAACUGUUAGUGGAUCGUUGAAGAGAAUGAGGCCUGAAUUAGAAUGCCAGUUGCACCCAUCUGCCAGCUCAAAAUUUCCAAGUGGAAAAUAUAAUGUAAAACUGACAUGACUCGUCAUUCAUUGGCUUCAUGUUGAUCCGUUCGAAGGAGAACCAGGGUUAAAGCUAUGACAAAGGAGACAUAGCUUUUUCCUUUGAUGAUGCACACCGUGGCAUAACUCUUGCAGUUUGACUAUGGUCUAUGCUCUGAUUUAGAGCCAACCCAAGUAAUUCCAUGCUGAGGAAACCUGAAAAUAGAAUCACCUGUAAGUAAAAGUAUCCUGAUAUGUAAGAAAAGUAGGAAACUUUGUUGUAAAAAGUUUGCUGUACGUAAGAGGUUUAGAAAUCAUAAUUAUUGCCCAUAA